GCGAGGCAGCAGCUAGCUAAGCAAGCUCCUCCCUCCUGUCCGGCGGCUGCUGCGACACCUGCGUGAUGAGGUGCUGCUGCAGAAUCCUCGCGCCCCUCCUCUCUGCCGGCUUAUUCGUGCUCAUCUACUGGGCCAUCUUCCAGCCCCACCACAUACGCGCCACCGUUGACUCCGCCACCCUCUCAAACCUCACCGUCUCCAACGGCUCCUCCACCGCCGCGGUCUCCUACCACCUCGCCAUCAGCCUCAGCCUCUACAACCCCAGCGUCCGCGUCAACAUCUACUACGACACCAUCGACGCCCAGCUCCGCUUCCGCGACGCCGUCAUCGGCCCUGCCGCCAACGACACCUCCCCGUCCGAGUUCUACCAGCGCCGGAAGACCACCGACGUCGUGAAGCUGGAGUUCGCCGGGAGGGGCGUCGGCGUCGCCGGCGACGUCGCGGGGGAGCUGGAGAAGGAGAUGAAGAAGGGCGACGGGCCGGUGAGCUUGGAGCUGGACGUGCACGUGCGGGUGAGGUACGUGUUCAGGAUAUUCAAGCUGCGGCAGAAGCCGAAGAUAUGGUGCUUGCUGAGCAUUCCGGUCAAGGCAGAGGGCCAGGGCGGCGGAGUCGGUGGCGCUCUUCCCCCCGGCGACCGGUGCAGGGUCAAGUACUGAUGAAUGGUGAUCGAGUACCUGCGUUUGUGCUUUCUUGCUUGGAGAUUAGCAACCCGUGCUCAGUUUGAUUCAUGCAAAGAUUGUUAUUGUUUCGGUUAUUGCUGCAGACUAUACGAGUACCGCUAUUCUUGUCUCGACUCUUUAUUCUGCGAUUUGAUUAUUCAUUCGGGAGUUGUUAUAAAUCACAUGUA